CCGAAAAUAUAUAGAUGUACUAUUGUAAAGUGCUUGUUCCACUGGAUAUCAUAAGGUGAAUGCACCAAUUUGUAAGUCGCUCUGGAUAAGAGCGUCUGCUAAAUGACGUAAAUGUAAAUGUUUAGAUUUAGAGGAGAGUAUGUAGACAUACUGUACUCUGGAAAAUGAUUCUUCUUUAUUUUUAUUAGAAACAUGUCAUGUGAUUUUGCAAAAAAAGCGUGACCAAUUAUUAGCCUAUGCUUAUCACUUUAAUAUUAAGAAUAACAAAGCACAGAUUAAUAAAUGAAGGAACAAAGUUCUUUAACAAGGUCUACCAGCUUCCUAAUUGAAUGUGAUUGGAUACUUAAAACAGUGUGACCUGGACACACACAGAGGGCAGAACAUUACUGAGAGGAAACACACACACUCACACAAAAUCAAUGCUAAUAAAAGGUGAGAAUGACUCACAACCUUCACUGUACAAGGGACAACAUGUAGGUUACCAACAGCAACACAAUGUACCAUACACCAGUGGACCUGUCUGCUACAUACCUACACACUCAUCAUGGUGUCUAUCUGCUAUUGUGUCUCUUCCUGGAGGUUGCUGUCUGCUCAAACCACUGGUUAAGAAAAUGUUGAGUGGUCUGAAUACUUUCCAAAAGCACAUAGCAUAUAUGCUUGGUAUCUAACUGUGCAUCUCUGAGGUUAACUGAAUAAUUGAAUGCUAGACAUUGAUUGCAAAAUAUUAGCUCCUUGUUCCUCAGCCUCUUAAUAAUUGCAUAACGGUAAACCUAGACACGUGCAUUUUAUAGUAUUCCGAGUGGUGACGCAAGGCUUGCAACCUUGGCUAUAUUCCCUCUGGAUACCAUUCUGGGCCUAUAGCAUUCACAUGAUAAUGUAGUCAGAUUGACUAAUGUAGUUUAUUAUUAUUAUAUUCAAAUAAUGUUUGGAUAAUUUCCAUCCACCUACAUAAUAGUGACUCAUCCAAUUGAUGGGGAUUUUCUGUAUUACACUACAAUGUUAUCAGCAUCAGCUCUUUCUCCCUAUUCUUCACAUUCAUUUUAGAGCACCGGGGUUGGUGACACAAAGGGUUAAGGUGUGAAGUCCUCCCUACAUCUAUAACACUGUACGUUCUCAGACACAACAGACUGUUAAACUAAAGCAGCAGUUUAACAGGAUGUAUGAGGUGUGAAGUCCUCCCUACAUCUAUAACACUGUACGUUCUCAGACACAACAGACUGUUAAACUAAAGCAGCUGUUUAACAGGAUAUGCAACAUAAUAUACUGUCUGUUGUACUGUGUGUAGAUACAUAAAGUACCAAAGUAUACUUUAAGGGGGCAAUUAGAAUGAACCUUUAUACGGAGCAGUCUGAGGAGAUUUAUGCUAAUGUGGACAGGAAGAGCUGUGGACAGGAUACAGUGAACAGGAUCAUAGAUAAACAACCUGAAUCUCAGAACACUGUACCUGUGUCCACAGAGCCUGAUAGCUCAGGGAACAGAUCCUCCAGAGUUGUUGCAGUGUGUCUGGGGCUGCUGUGUGUUCUACUGGCUGGGAUCAUAGGCCAGUCUGUCUACUAUGAUGGGGUCUCUAAGAGCUUCUUAGCCUAUAAGACCAACUCAUCUGCAGAGAUAGAAGAGCUACAGACCAGCUACAACAACCUGACUAAAGAGAGAGACCAGCUACAGACCAGUUACAACACCCUGACUAAAGAGAGAGACCAGCUACAGACCAGUUACAACACUCUGACUAAAGAGAGAGACCAGCUACAGACCAGUUACAACACCCUGACUAAAGAGAGAGACCAGCUACAGACCAGUUACAACACCAUCACUAAAGAGAGAGACCAGCUACAGACCAGUUACAACACCCUGACUAAAGAGAGAGACCAGCUACAGACCAGUUACAACACCAUCACUAAAGAGAGAGACAAGCUACAGACUGAGAGAGAUUUUCUUAGCGGGAGGCUUACCAAUCUCGGCUGGCAGAAGUUUGAAUCCAGUUGGUACUUCCUGUCUACUGAGUCUAAAACCUGGAAGGAGAGCAGAGAGGACUGUCUGAAGAGAGGAGCAGACCUGGUGAUCAUAAACAGUGAUAAGGAACAGGAGUUUCUCUUCAACCUCAAGAGGAGAGUCUGGAUUGGUCUGACUGACUCUGUUAAUGAGGGGACCUGGAAAUGGGUAGACGACACCCCACUGACCACAAGGUACUGGUAUGCCAAACAGCCUGAUAAUGCAGGUCCUAAUGGGGACGAGGACUGUGCUGAGAUACACAAAGAUCAGAGUCCUCUAAAGGCAUGGAAUGACAUGUCAUGUGGCAGCAAACUCAACUGGGUUUGUGAGAAAGUGUUUUAAAAUCACCAUGACAACAUGCUGUAACACAUACAGUAGACUACAGUGCACAGAACUUCCUCCUCUGUCUCUGUCUCUCUCUCUCUUUGUCUCAAACUCAUGCACACAAAUGUUGUAUUUGUUUGUAUUAAUAUAUUAAUAAAAGUCCUACUUGUUUCCUGA